AUGGCGCGUAAACUACCAUGGGCUCGGAAUGACGAGAAGCUCGAACCUGUCACUGGUUGCGCGAAGACCCCAGAUUCGCAUCAUACUGGCAGGUCACAGCCGGAAGCAAGCUCAGCCCACAGCAGGCGCCAAACCACGAUCACUCCGGGGCGCAAGCGCUCUCGGUCCCGCUCGACAUCUCCUCCGCCGGGGCCUCCAACCGUCGAACCAAUGCAAGACGGAUUCGAUGGCGACGACAUUUGGAUGAUAGUUGAGGACGAAUUGCAGACAGUCGCACAAUCUUUCACAGCACAUCUGCAUCAUCUCGAGUAUAAGAGACUAGUGAAGAAGGCAAAAGAUGCACCGACUAAAACACUCCCUACAGCAACAUCGCCAAUGUCAAAGGAUGCCAAGAGACGUCUGCAGAGAGACAUCUUGCAGACGAAGCAGCAGAAAGCCUUGGAACGUGUUGGCGCUGGUCCAACAGCUACCGUGGCAGAAGAGCAGCUGGACGAUCCGUGGCGGGGGACCAGCAUCGCCGGACUCAUAGCCAGUGGAAGCCAGGAGAAGAGGUCUUUGAAAGGACUCGAUCGCCUGCCUAGCUCUACUCGUGCUGCUCGGGGCUUUGGCCGCCCAGAGAAUGGUGACCCACCAGGUGAUAAUCAAGGACAACGGAUCAAGAAGCGUAUCAGAGGUCAAGACGAGUCUGUGGCCUCCGAGGGCCAAGCAGAUAUUGGACCAUUCGGAGACGCGAACAUACGGUCUUCUACAGAUACGUCUCGUUUCGUCGCGGCUCGCGAAGACGACUUCUCCCGACAGCCAACGAAAGACACGCGUGCUACAUCUAACAGGUCUCUGGCGACCUCGUUCCUGUCCAAACGGAAGAAAGCAAAGAAGGAGCCGUCAAGAGAAGAUCGCUUGGCAGAAGUUCCGACGUUUCUUUGA